CAGAAAGAAGAAAACGGCUGUCAGAGGUUGACUUGGUCCUCCCAUCUAGGCACUCUCCAAAGAGUCCAUUUGUCACUGAAGGAAGCACUACACAUCACCAAGAGCUCUACAGGAAAAUCUGGAAGAAGCUAUGGAGAGAUCUCAGCUGAGAACGGAUGAUGAACAUGUCCAGAAGCUCUCGGAUGGUGAGAUAGAAGCCACUAGUAACAGAAAGGCAAAAGUCCUGAAGUGCCUUGAGAGUCUCUACAUUGCCUGUGAUGAGGAUAACAUGCCCAAUAUCGCCAUCCUAGGAUCAGGCGGAGGUCUGCGGGCCAUGAUAGCCCUUCAGGGAACCUUGGUGGAGCUGAAGAAGCAGGGCCUGUUGGAUGCUGUCAUGUACCUGUGUGGGGUAUCGGGUUCCACUUGGUGCAUGUCUUUCCUCUACCAAGAGAAGGACUGGACAGAGAAAGUGCAGGUCUUGGAAGAAUGCCUAUGUGAUACACUUUCCAAACCUUCAGUUGGUUUUCUAGAGAAGUUAGCUAUUGCAAUAAAGGCGGCUGAAGAUGAACUCUUCUGUCUGACUGAUGUCUGGGCCUCUUUCUUUGUCUAUGAAACAUUGAAGCAGUAUGAUGAAACCAAAUUAUCUGAACAUGACGAUGCCUCCAGAAAUGGGAAAAAUCCUUACCCCAUCUAUGCAGCAAUAGAAGCAAACCAAUUGGGUAAAGCAGGUGAAAACAGCCCAGGGACCUGGUUCGAAUUCACCCCCCAUGAAUCUGGCUUUCCUGGUUUGGGGGCAUUUGUGGGCACAAAAGACUUGGGAAGCAAAUUCAAGGAUGGGACUCUGAAAGAAAAGAGGAAAGAGAAAAAUAUCUUCUACCUGCAAGGUUUAUGGGGAAGUGCCCUUGGAAGCAUGGUGGAAAACAUAAACUAUUUUAUAGACCUUCUUAAGGAAAUACUCCAAAAACUAAGAGAACAUUGGCAUGCAGUAGGUGAAGCAGGAGGUCUACAAGGACUGCCAGUUUCUAUGCCUGUCAUUGGUACUGAUUACACUAGUGAACACUGUCAGGAUGUCCUCCUCCUCCUCCUCCAGGAGCUUCACGUUCAUGCCUCAGCUGGGGAAGACUGCGAGGGAAUCUUCAGGCAGCUGAAGAAAGUCCUGAAAGAGGAGAACAGCAAGAAUUCCUACCUGAAGUGCUGUGAAGUGAGUGAGACCUGGGAUUUGAGCUGGAAAGAAAGAAUGGUGGUGCUCGCUAAACUCGUAUGGAUUUUUGAAAAGGAACUUGAAGCAUGGAAUUCAGAGGGAUUUGGGCACCUCACUCAUUGUGACCCGCUGGAAAAAUCACAGCCUAAAACAAUACUUGGAUGCACUUUCGCAGGUGAUGCCCAAUCCACUGGCUUGACCAACGAUGAAUUAAUCUACUUGAUUGAUGCCGGCAUUGCCAUAAAUUCUGCCUACCCCCUCGUUCUGCGCCCAGAGAGGAAAGUGUGACUGAUCCUCUCCUUCGACUUCAGUGCCGGGGAUCCUUUCAAGACCGUCAGGAAAACUGCCAUUUAUUGUAAGACAAAUAACAUCCCAUUUCCCAAGAUAAAUCCAGAAGAGAUUAAGGACACAGAUAACCCCUCUGAUUGCUACAUCUUCAAAGGAAAAGGUGUUCCUACCAUCAUACACUUCCCGCUCUUCAACAUCAUAAAUUGUCCAGGUGAAAUACAGCACUUCAGAGACAGGUUUACCACCUUUACUUCAUCCUACCCAGAAGACGAUGUCAAAGAACUCCUCAAAAGAGCAAAGAUGAAUGUGUCCAACAACAAGGAGAAGAUUUUGAAAGAGAUCCAGCAGAUUGUGUCCUCCUCCACCAAGGAGUUUUAAAACUACAUCUCGGUUUGGCUCAUGCUCAUGAAAGGCGGAAAAACUGUGCCUGGCUCUGACUCGCACAUUUCCAGCGAGGCUUUUUACUGUGACCAUUUAGAAGCUAAGUACAGCAGGGAGGAGUUAGUUUUCCUGGAUAAGAUUCACACAGGGAUUUAGGCAACUAUCUGCCCCUGUAGGUGCCUGAGUCCCAGAUUUACACACCCCUGGAAUUCACAAAACUCUUGCUCAGCUGCCGCAGAACCCUGUAGUGUCUAAACUCCCUUGGCAUUUAAAUUGUUGCAGUGAAGUUUCCCUGGGUGUCUAUGUUUCAGCCUCGGGGCAUGUGCACUGCAGCUGCCAUCUUGAUGUCCAGGGGUCUAAGCCCCACAGUGAUUCUCAACCCAGGAAAGACAGGUGUUCCUCUGACUACCUCACCUAUGGGGCCUGAGCCGUGGUGCAAGAAGGAGGAAGAUGGCUUCCACUCAGAACUGUUAGCCCAGUAGUCAGUGUACUUAGCUGGGACAGAGGAGACUCCAGCUCAAGUCCCCUCACUGCCUCAGUGGGAAAAGGGAUUAGAAGAGACAUCUUCUACCUCUGAGGUGAGGGCCCUCAUCACUGGGCAGUGGGAUAGUGUUAUGGUUAUGGUGCUUUGAGAGAGAGAGAGAGAGAGAGAGCAAGGGUGAGAAGCCUGAUGGCUGCAGCACUCCCCUCUAAGAUCACAGACCUGGGAUCUAGUCCCCCAGCUCUACAGUCCGCAGUGGUAGGCCCCACAGACGAGCUAUGUGGAGGAACACCUGUCUUCCUGCAGUUUGUGCAUUGCUGUGGGGCUUAGGCAUCUGUAUGCCUAGAGCAGGGCAGCCGUGUGCAUGCCCAGAGGCACCUAGGGAACUCUUACUGCCAAAACAUGGGGGUUUGACUGAGAUAAGGCAUCUACAGGAUUCAGUGACAGCUGAGUGGGGGUUUGGUGACUCCCAGUGGGGCCUGAUACUGGGCUUCUGGUGUGUAAUAUGGCCACUAGGAGCCAAGUCCUUUUGUGAAUGUAGCUCUGGCUAUGGAAUAAUGAAUUUGGUAAAAUGUUCCUAGAUGCCUAGAUAGAUAGUAUGUGAUGAUUGUUAGACACAUAAGUAGAUAUACGGUAGAUAAUGAUGACAUAACUAGAUAGAUUUUAUACACAAUAGCUUGUGGUGAUAGAUAGAUAGAUUAAUAUAUAAUAGGUUAUGAUUGAUAGAUAGAUGGGGUGUAUGGGGAUAGAUCAUACCUACAUACAUGUUGGUUUGUCAGUGCUCACAUGGCAGCACUCUAGGUUGACCAGACAUCCCAAUAUUCUUGGGACCAUUCCGAUAUUAGGGGCUUUGUCUUAUAUACACAACUAUACCCCCACCCCACCAAAAACAGUGUCCCGAUUUUUCACACUUGCUAUUUGGUCACCCUACACCACUGUCACACAGAAAUUUACACUGUGCAGAAUGAUAAUAUUACAGCUGCCUGGCACACAAAUGUGUCUGCAAGAUUUCUCUGUGGGUUCUCCUAGUUUAGAAAAGGAAUGGAAGUAAGAAAGGAAUUUUGUGCCGAGCUGUGAUCCAUGAAACAUUCUCAUUAACACCUCUGGUAAACGUGGAGUAACUUUACUGAAGUUGAUGAUGUUACUUUCCAUUUACAUGGAGGCUAGAAUCUGGCCUGUUAUUUUUAACAGUGAAUUUUUUAUUGCUUAUUAAUUUCCAAACCAUUUUUUUCUUGCUGUGUGUGACAACAUUUUACAACACUCUUUCCUUCUGUGUGAUGAAUAUUAAAUAAACGAUAAUAUCCCA